AUGGAAUCUGGGGAGAGCUUACAUGCAGCUCGGCCCAACAGCAGCGCAUGGGGAAGUACCAGAGUUGCUCCCCGGAUUCGCUCGCGCGUUGCCUGUCAGCCUUGCAAUCAGCGCAAAGUUCGUUGCGACGUUGUUCAGACUGGUGGUAAUGCCUGCUCAAAUUGCCAGCGCGAUGGCGGAUCUUGUGUGGUUCUUCCGCGCAAGAAGCAUCGGCCGCGGAGGAAGAGAGAUUCUCAGUUUACGGCGCAGAAAGCGGCUGGAAAUACAGCCGAGAUCUCCUAUAGCAAGGUUACUUUGGGUGGCCUGGUAGAUCCACAAGUUGGUGCUAUACAAGUUGAAGAUCCUCCGGAAUACCCUUAUGGAGAAACAUUCUCGACGCCCCUACCGUCGUCAAGAAACAAUGCCAUGGGCGUUGGAGAAAUCCAGGGCCGAUCCGUGACAGAGAGUAUCUUGCCUGAAGAUGGCUCUUUUACUUACAUCGGCGACAGGAGAGGGCCACGCCACUCUGUCUAUGACCUCUGCCACCCUGAGACCCCCGAAGAUGCACGAUGUUUGCCUCCAAGCACGGCUAUGCCGUCGUCUCACAAACCGCAUGAGCUAGAGUAUAUGCGCCUUCAGGGUGUCUUUUCUAGGCUCCCGGAUGAUGUGUGCGAUGAGCUGAUACGCUGCUACUUCCACCAUGUUCACUUCUUUUUACCAAUAAUCGACGCGCCCGCGUUUCUGAACGAGUAUUGCAGCAAUGGCUCUCGGAAUAUUAGCCUGCUACUGUAUUGGAGUAUGCUUCUUGCAGCUGCAAAUUUUGUUGAAGCAGACGUUUUACAGAAAGCAGGCUUCUCCUCUAGAAAAGCAAUGAAGACUGCCAUGUAUGAACGCGCCAAGUGUCUCUACGACGUCGAUCGAGGGACGGAAAAACUGGUGCUCAUUCAGUCUGUCAUCCUAUUAGGAUUCUGGUAUACUGACCCGCAGGAUCAUACUGGUGCCUGGUACUGGACAGGCAUUGCAAUUUCGCUCUCACAGAAUAUCGGACUCCAUCGGUCUUCGCGUUUGGGCAGCCGCGUACCGCCAAAGUCGUUACCAGCGCGAGAGUCCCUCAUGCGUCGCAUCUGGUGGGCAUGUGUAGUCAGAGAUCGAUGGGUUUCGUUGGCUCGGGGCCGUCCUAUGCGCAUUCAUAACGAAGACUGCGACACGCCCCUCCCUGUGGUGGAAGACAUCAUGAACGAACUAGAGUCUGUUGCUGGCCGGGCGCGAAGCAGUUUCGUUCCUGUGGAAUCCAGAGCCUUGGCCGAGAUGUGGAUUCGGCUCGUGCGCAUUUGCGAUACGUUGGGUAACAUCCUAAGAGUCCAUUAUCGUGUGAAUGGAGUGAUACCCAGUAUAUCGGAGAUUGACAGAUAUGCAGAAGAGUUACAAGCCUUGGCUCAAGACGACGCUGUCCCAGCUGACUCUAGCGACAGCUUGAGCAUCAAUGGGAUUCAAAUCAAUCUACUGUAUCAGUUUGUGCCCCCUUUCAACACUCUCGGUCCGUCUACGCGGUCACUGACUAUUCACUAG